AAAGACAAGAGAAGCAUAGGCCAUUGGCCGGUAGCUUCAACACCAGGGCAUGCUAAACCGAGCUUUGCCAUACAUAGCAAGCUUUCGAGCAUACACAACCGCAAGCCAACUUCCAAAACUGCCGCCAAGAUGAUGCACCCAUCGCGGCAAGCUUAUGUAGAAGACGCCCAAGAGCAGAGCCGGGGCAUCAGCCUCGAAGACCUUCCCACGGACAAUGACUACGAUCUACCCUCCGCAGGCGCCGGCAUCGCGCCCGAGAAGGCCUCUGCCAUACUUUCACAGUUCGAUCGCAAACGCCUAGCGGCCAGCAUAGCGGUUCCGACCGACGAUGGACGCGUGCGGGCGAAGCUACGGGAGAUGGGCGAGCCCAUCACGCUCUUCGGCGAGGGUCCCGCCGACAGGAGAGACAGAUUGCGCGAACUCAUGACGGUACAGGUUGAGCGAGCCGCGGCCGGCGGGGAGUCCGUCGAUGUGGACAUGGAGGACGCAGCGUCCGACGACGCGCAGGACCAGGAGGAGGAGUUCUACACACAGGGCAGCGAUGAGCUCCUACGAGCGAGACAAGACAUCGCGAGGUUCUCGCUGCCCAGGGCGAAGAAGCGCCUUGCCAGUCUGAAAGAGGACAGCAACAUCCAACUACGUACGCACGUCAAGUUCCGAAAGCAGAUUAGGGAACGGCUGGAGGGCUUCGAGUUGCAGGGUAGUCAGACGGCUGGCGACAGGCAUGUCAGCAUGACUCGGAUAUCACCAAGCGGAAAUAUGGUUGCGGCCGGUAACUGGGGAGGCAGCAUCAAGCUGAUCGAGAUACCGAGCAUGGUGGAGAAGGGCACGCUUCGAGGCCACAACAACAAGAUUAGUGGUAUAAGCUGGUUCCCAGGCGCAACUUUACCAGAGAAGGGUGUCAGUGAGGACUCGGUCAACCUGGCUUCGGGCGGAGCAGAAGGCCAGGUCAAUCUUUGGAGUCUAUCCAAAGACACGCCCCUCGCAACACUCCAAGGACACGCCCAGAGAGUGUGCAGAGUGGAAUUUCACCCUUCUGGCAAAUAUCUUGCCACUGCCAGCGAAGACACGACGUGGAGAUUAUGGGACACGGAAACGACACAAGAGCUCCUGCUCCAAGAAGGUCACUCGAAGGGAGUGUUCGCGGUCAGCUUCAACACGGACGGCUCUUUACUGGCCAGCGCGGGUUUAGACAGCAUUGGUAGAAUAUGGGAUCUAAGGUCUGGAAGGACAAUCAUGAUUCUAGAUGGACAUAUGGAUGGACACAGCAAGCCCAUAUAUGGUCUCGACUGGAGUUCUGAUGGACAUCGACUGUUGACUGCCUCGGCUGAUGGGUGGGUCAAGUGUUGGGACGUCAGGAAAGUCGCAAGGACUGGCGGCAUCGGUGCACACACGAGUGCCGUGGCAGAUCUGAGAUGGUACAAAGGAUUGGACGAUCCAUUAGACGGCACCGUCACGCCCGGACUGGAUGACAAAGGGAAUCGGUUGCCGAGAAAGUCCAGCUCGUUCUUCGUAACGGCCGGGUUUGACAAGCAAGUCAAGGUGUUCUCAGCAGAUGACUGGUCACUGAUUCAAACACUCAACGGACAUACGGGUCCGGUUGCAAGCGUUGAUGUGAGCCGAGAUGCCAAGUGGAUUGUCAGUGGAGGACAUGAUCGGACGGUCAAGCUAUGGGGCCGCAAUGAUAAUGAGGCAUUGUGAUUCGGACAUGGUGACAAACUAAAACAAAAUAAAAAGAGAUACCCCA